UUUUGCAUCCCUUUUCCAUUCUUUUUUUUUUUAAUCUUCUCUUCCAUCGUCUUGAAUUACAAAACUCGCCUACAACUUUCACAUUUCCACAUCUCCAUACACACAUAUCUCAGUACUUGAAACAAAACAUGGCACCAGUCCAGAUCGGAACCGGUAUCGGCAUUGCCAACCUCCCCAACCAACGUCAUAAAAUUGUCGCCAAGAAUGGUGCCAGCUUCACCUUGAUGGUUUGCGGAGAGUCUGGUCUUGGUAAAACUACUUUUAUCAAUACUCUUUUCACCACCACAAUUAAAACUCCCAAGACCUAUAAGCGUCGUUUCAACAAGUCGACUGAAAAGACUGUCGAGAUUGAGAUCAUUCGUGCUGAGCUGGAAGAGAAGCAGUUCAAUGUCAAAUUGUCUGUAAUCGACACUCCAGGAUUUGGAGACUAUACCAACAAUCGUGAUAGCUGGAUGCCUAUUGUAGAUUUUAUUGAUGAUCAACACGAGUCAUACAUGCGCCAGGAACAGCAGCCCAAGCGUCAUGAGCUGAGCGACAUGCGUGUUCAUUGCUGUCUAUACUUCAUUCGACCCACCGGACAUACCUUGAAACCUUUAGACAUUGAAAUAAUGAAGCGUCUGGGAACACGUGUCAAUCUCAUCCCUGUCAUUGCCAAAGCCGAUACCUUGACACCUACUGACUUGCACAAGUUCAAGAAACGGAUCUUGGAGGUCAUCGCUGCUCAAAACAUUUCUUGCUACACCUUCCCUCUCGAGAGCGAUGAUGAGGCCAGCACCAAGCGCAACAUGAGCAUUAUGGCUGCUCUGCCUUUUUCCAUCAUUGGUAGUACUGAAGACGUUGUCACUAUGGAUGGUCGUACUGUAAAGGGUCGUCAGUACUCUUGGGGAGUUGCAGAAGUCGAGAAUGAGGACCACUGCGAUUUUAAAAAGUUGCGACAGCUACUUAUCCGUACUAACAUGUUGGAUCUAAUUAGUUCGACCGAGGAGGUUCACUAUGAGAAUUAUCGUAAUACUCAGAUGGAAACUCGUAAAAUUGGAGAGCCAAAGGCCAAGACUGUGACCAAUCCUAAGUGGAAAGAGGAGGAGGAGGCCCUCCGUAAGCGGUUCACAGAACAAGUCCGUCUGGAGGAAAAUCGGUUCCGUUCGUGGGAACAACAGCUCAUUGCUGAGCGUGACCGCCUCAACAAGGAUUUAGAGGCCGAACACUCACACAUCAAAGCCCUGGAAGCUGAGUUGGAGGCAAUGCAAGCUGGUCUUUCUCCUAAGCGCAAGUAGACAGGGAGAAAUUGUUAUAUCCUUUUUGCCCCCGUUUCUUAAUGAUAUCCGAUCCGUAUAAUUUAUAAACAAAGUAUAUUCUAUUCACCAUAAUCAUGCACUUCUAAUAAAAGUUUUUUUUAGGCACC